CAAUAAUUCGCUCUAUGCCGCUCUGAAUGUGAACAUUGUGAAAGUAGUAAAUACCCACACGCGAGAGUACCUGUUGGAUUAACAGGGAAGCGCAAAUCUGGGGCGAAACACCAGAAACAAGAAAUAACGAAACAAACGAAAAGGGGGAACACAAGGAACUUCUAUGGAAUUUCUCGUUGGGUGUAACUUUUGCCCUCCGACCGGUAGUUGAGUCUCACAUCGGGGCCUCGGGAAACGAUGACUGGGUGAGGAAUGAACGCGACUUCUCGCACUACUGACGUUACCUCAGAAAAAUAAGCGUAACGUUUGAGCUGCUGGCGACUUAAAAUGAGGGAUUUCGUCUCGCUGACCAGGAAUAAUGGUUGUGGAUGGUAUGAAAGUGCCAGAGUUUGAGGGAAGCUAACAAGCUAUUCAGCCACACCCUCCCGCCGCUUCCUGAUACGCAAGAUGUAGCGGGAGACUACAACCGACGCGCGAGAGUCUCAGUAGCGAACGGAGUUCGUUAUCAUCGCGGAAACCGCGUUAAAACUUUCAGCCGAGCGUUUAAAGAAUGGCAAGCAAAAGCGAAACUAUCUGCCACUGGACAACCGAUGCUUUCCUCCUGGAGAGGGCGUAUGGACAAUAGAUAUGCAUAAGGAACUGAGUUUGCCCACAGAACUUGGAUUGUGUAUGAAAAAGAAACGGCUGAAAGUCGUUGGGGAACGUUUUAUGAAUUUCCGAGGUGUCCUGGGAUGAUGGUGCAGUGGCGGCGGGGCGCCUGCGCGUCUCCCGCUUCGGUCGCGGGUCAGCAAGACGGUCAAUAUAUCAGCAGCAGCAUCCCAUUGCAGCAGGACAUGUAUUUAAAUGCAUGUAAUGUGCAUGACACGAAGAAAACCUGAAAUGACAAAUUCCACACAGCAAAAGUAGCGAUUCUGGAAGUCAACCUGCACUUUGCCUUCGCUUGGGCAUCUUCUUGUACACGGCACUGCAGAAGCCUUUUGUAGAAAAGAGUGUUUUUGGUUUCUCUGCAUUGUUGGAGCGACAUUGACAACCUGUGAAACUGAUCAGACUGUAGCCUACCUUGUCGGGAUAGUUGUGAAUUCUGUUCUAUGCUCGUUUUUCUCAUAAUGCACACCUAAAAUCAGAUUAUUUAAUCAUAGGGCAAUACAUUUGAAGGGAUAUUUCAUUACAGAUCUCAUCAGCCCUUUUGCCCGUGUUGUAUUUUUGAAAAAAUAAAUCCAAAUAUUUUUCUAAAGUACUUCCCUUAUUGGUGCAUUGAGUGAAGUUUCAUGUAAUUUUGAGUUUUCAAAGCUGAGUGGACUAUUUCUGAAGGACGUUAUUGGCCAGUUCCACUCUCCCUGAGAAGGUGCGGGAAUCUUUUUAUUUUUAUUUUUUUUACUGAAGAAAAUGACAUAACUCACAUGUUCACACAAGAGAACAUAUGUUGUGAUCUUUAUUUUGAACAUUAGCGCGACCACACUACUAUGGCUAGUAGUGGCUCGGGAAAAUCAGAUAGUGAGGUUUCUACCAACAUCCUUAGCGGAAGCUUGCAACAAAGGAAAAGACUUUCAUCCAUCUGUGACGCAUGCAAGAGCAAAAUGCAGCUGGUGGCAGACCUGCUCCUGCUGUCCAGCGAGACCAGGCCGGUGGUGAACACCGACGGCAUGCCUGUAGCAGAGACGUUCGAGAAAUGCCGCGACACGGUGAUCGCACGAACCAAGGAGCUGUCGAUCAUCGUUCAUGAUAUCCAGAGCCAGCUCAACAUGGGGAAGUUCGUGGAGGUCGGGGACCGACUGGUCGAGAUGGGGGACCUAGUGGUCUCGCUGACGGAGUAUUCGGCGCACGCCGCUUACCUGGCAGCCGUGGAGAUCCCGGGUUCCCAGGCUGCCAUUUCCGGCCUGGUGGACCGCUACAAAGUCACCCGAUGCAGACACGAAGUGGAGCAAACGUGCAACAUUCUCCGCCUGACGGCUCUGGCUGACCUGACUCCGCAGCUCCUUCUGGAAGUCUCGCAGAACAUCCUGAAGAACCUCACCACGCUUACGGAUGCCUCCUCUCUGGCCAGUGAUAAAUCCAAGGACAAGUUCGCAAAGGAGCAGUUCAAAGCCAGCGUCAAGUGCAUGAGCACGAGCGCCACAGCACUUUUAGCAUGCAUGCGUGAGCUAAAGGCCUGCCCGAGCGACCUGACCCGCAACCGCUGUGUCCUCUUCAGUGGGCCGCUCGUGCAGGCCGUGCACGCCCUGGUGGGUUUCGCCACCGAAACGCAGUUCCUCGGCAAAGCCGCAACCAUCCCCCCCGAAGGAAAAGGGGUGCAGACAGCCGUUCUGGGUGGCGCCAUGAGCGUGGUUUCGGCCUGCGUUCUUCUGACCCAGGGCCUCAGGGAUAUUUCCCAGCAUCCCGAGAACAGCUCCCAGAUGCCCAUCUAUAGGGAGCGGCUGCGAAACUCUGCAUGCGCCGUCUCAGACGGAUGCACACUCCUGUCUCAGGCACUAAGGGAACGAUCCUCACCUAGAACUUUACCGCCAGUUAACUCUCAUUCUGUGAAUUAAAACUCCUCCCCGGCACGUUAUUUUGAAGUACCAAAGAAUCCAAUCAGGUUUAACCCCACAUACACUCUUAAAAAUAAAGUUUCCGUAAGGCUGAUGAUACACGUCUGAUGAUAAACUUUUUGAGCAAUGUUGCUGUCAACGGGCAACCAGGAGAGACACAGGACCAACGACUGAUCUAAAAUAUCCAGAUAAUAUGUUACCUAUUCUCAAUGAGAGAGUGCCCAAGCAACAUUGCUCAAAAAAAAGUUGCCCUGUGUAUCAUCAGCCUAAAGGGUUUUCACAGCGACUCCAUUGAAGAAUCAUUUUGGGUUCCAAAAAAGAACCUUACAGAGAACAGUUCUUAAAAGAACCAUUAUCCAAAGAACCUUUUCUGCAUUUGAAAGGUUCCGUGCAUGUUAAAGAUUCUUUGUGGAACCGUCAAAUUUAUUUUUAAGAGUAAAUGUAGUAAUUACCAUUUUUUUAUUGACAUUUCAUGGCAGUUGGCUUCACUCAAGCUCACAUUUGUAGGUUUUUCUCAAACUAGAUGUGAUUGGGGAAGAAGUAGCUUUUACUAAAACUGACAACUUUUGCAAAUAUCUGUGUCGGUUGAGAAUAUAAUAUGGCCAAAAGGGGCCGUUACAACAGAAGCCUUAAAUGAAACUGAAAGUCUUUACCUCAGUGUUUGGCUGAAUGGAUGUCAUUGAGACUUGUAGAAAUCAUCAGCAUAAUAAUGUUCGUAUUCCAUGUGUGAAUUUGUAAUGAGUAAAAGCUGCUGUGAGUGUGUGCCAUAGGUUUUACACUAUUUACCAGACUUACAAUUAUAUUUUAAUGUGCUGUGUUUUUUCCCUUUGCCCACGCCUCAUUUUUUUUAUCAUGCAUGUACUGGAGUAUUUAUUUCAAGUAAUUAAAAAUGUUGUGUCUUAUGC